GACCCGGAAGUAGUGUGAUGAUGGCCUGUGUGUAGUGGAUUCAGCAUUACUUGCAGUUGUAAGCAAAGCCUUGUCCUCUGCGGCGACUUGGGGCAGCCCAAUAUGAGGUGCGGGCAUUGCCUCUGGUCGCUUUUCUCGGUGACUGGGCUUCUGUAUAUACUAAUAGCCUUUAGCCUCAUUUCUUGUGCUAGCACUUUACCUGGAUCUGUCUCUUCUACGUCCCCUACCAAUUUAAGUGGCCCUCAGUCUGCAAGCCCUGCUAAAGAGAGCAACUCGAGUACUGUUGGAAAAGAACACGCUUCAACAGUAUCCGGAGUGUUCCCACCGAACAAACCCCGCACACAGAGAGCCCUUGUAGUUCUUAUGGUUGUGAGCGCUGCCGUUAUUGUGUAUUUUGUGAUACGAACUAUUAGGUCAAGAAGGAAAAACAGAAAAACUAGAAAAUAUGGUGUGUUGGAUACUAACAUCGGAAACAUGGAAUUAACUCCAUUAGAGCAAGAUGAUGAAGAUGAUGAUACAUUAUUUGAUGCCAAUCAUCCUCGAAGGUAAUCCUGCUUCUUGCCAUGGAACUAGUUACAUUUAUGCUUGACAAAAUUAUAAUUUACUGACAAAGAAAUCUACAUUUUGUUUACAUGUUGUGGUAUCUUACGACUUUUGUAAUUAAAAUUCUUAAUGUGUAUUUUGUACAUAAUUUAAAGCAAUAUCUUGAAAAAUGUAAGUCAAACUAUCCUUUCAUUAAAAAAAAAAAAAAAUAGAUUUGAGACUGCACA